CUGGGGCCCGGCUGAGCCUCACAAGGCCCGGGACCGCCUCAGCGCUCAGCCUCCGGCUCCGUCAUGGCCGCCUGCAGCCAGCCACUCAUCCACUCGCCCACCACGCAAGGCUCGGCCGAGCCGGAGCGGCUGUGGAGGCGCGGCAAGGAGGUGUUGUUCAGGCACGUGUCGAUCCUCACCUGGCUGCCCAGGUACACCAGGGAGGACGCCAUGGGCGACCUGGUGGCCGGCGUCACCCUGGGACUGACCAUGAUGCCCCAGGGCAUCGCCUACGCCUCCUUGGCCGGCCUCACGGCGCAGUACGGCCUGUACUCGUCCUUCAUGGGCGGCCUCGUGUACAUGGUGUUCGGCACCAUCAAGGAGGUGUCCAUCGGCAUCACGUCCCUCAUGUCUCUCAUGACGUUCGAGUACACGCACGACCUGCCCGUCGAGUUCGUGUUCCUGCUGACCUUCCUCACCGGCUGCCUGCAGCUCGUCAUGGGCUGCCUCAACCUGGGUAUCCUGGUGGACUUCAUUUCCAUGCCGGUAACAUCGGGCUUCACCACGGCUACCUCGCUCAUCAUCAUAGGCUCGCAACUUAAGGGGCUCCUGGGGCUCAGCUUCAAGGCGCGCAGUUUCAUAGACAACGUGAGCGCCGUGAUCGCCCACGCCGGAGAGACUCGCCUGUGGGACGCCGUGCUGGGCGUCGUCUGCAUCCUGGUGCUGCUGCUCACACGGCUUCUGAAGAAUAUCCACCUGGGACCGAAGGAGGCGAUGAAACAAACGUGCAUACAGCGGAUAGUCAACAAGAGCCUGUGGUUCCUGUGCAUCGCCCGGAACGCCAUAGUGGUGGUCGCAUGCUCAGCGCUCGCCUACAGGUUCACACAGAGUGGCACAAGUCCCUUCCAGCUCUCAGGCACCAUCCAGCCGGGCCUACCCCCCUUCGGCCUGCCGCCCUUCACCGUGCAGUUCAACAACAGGACGUACUCGUUCCUGGACAUGUGCAAGCAGCUGGGCUCCGGCAUCUUCGUCACUCCGAUCAUCAGUGUGCUGGCCAACGUGGGCAUCGCCAAGGCCUUUUCGGCCGGCAAGAGCCUGGACGCCACGCAGGAGAUGCUGACCCUGGGGCUGUGCAACGUGCUGGGCUCGUUGGUGCAGUCCACGCCCACCACGGGCGCCUUCACGCGCAGCGCCGUCAGCCACGCCAGCGGCGUCAAGACCCCCAUGGCCGGCCUGUACUCGGCGACGCUGAUCCUGCUGGCCCUCAGCUACCUGACUCCCUACUUCUACUACAUCCCCAAGGCUGUGCUGUCGGCGGUGCUGAUUGCUGCUGUCGUCUUCAUGGUCGACUACCAGACCAUGGUUCUGCUCUGGAAGAAGAGCAAGAGAGACCUCUUGUUGCUGCUGAUAACGCUCGCCAUCAGCCUGGUGUUGAGCGUGGAGGUGGGACUGCUGGUGGGAACUCUCUUCAACGCCGCCCACCUGCUUUACGCCUGGGCGCGGCCCAGCAUGGACGUUAAGAUGUGCAAGACGCAGCAGGGGCUGCAGUACGUGCUGGUCAGCCCGGACCUCGGCCUGCUCUACCCCGCCAUGGACUACCUCAAGACCGAGCUGGGGUCUGUGGCGGCCAACCAGGGGCGCGGCCAGCUGCCCGUGGCGCUCAACUGCGCCUCCUUCAAGGGCAUCGACUACAGCGCCGCGCAGGGACUGAAGCUGAUCGUGAAACACUUCAAGAUCAACGAGCAGCCAUUCAUUCUCCUGAACGCCCAGCCGAGGGUUCGAGCCUUCCUCCACAGCAACGACGUGAGCGGGGCGCUGUACGCAGACUCCGAGGACGAGAUAGCGGAAGUCCUGUUCGAGUGGAGCGCGGACUCGCAGCAGGAGAGCCCUCAGUGCAAUGGCGCGGACACCAAGGUGGCGUGCGAGAGCGAGAUGCAAGACUACCGCCUGCAGCUGGAGCAAGAGAAGCCCGCACCAUGAGCCCUGUUCUGCUACCACCACUACCACCACUACCACUGCUACUGCUGCUACUACCACUACCGCCUGCAGCUGGAGCAAGAGAAGCCCGCGCCAUGAGCCCCGCUCUGCUACCACUACUACCACUACUACCACUACUACCACUACUACCACCACUACUACAGCUGACUCUACAGUAGGUGUUCAACUGCAACAACCAUGCAGCGAUGAUUUGCUUGUCUCCAAUGUGGUGCAUAUGUGAGGAAAAAGCAAGCGGACAAUUGCAACAGUGUAAAAUAUCCUUUCUUGUUAAUGGAAGUAUGUUUAAUUAUAACAGACAUUUUUAAUAUAUAAUUUAUUACAUCAUUAUUAUCACACAAAUAAUGUAUUUACUGCAAUGUUUUUGACAUUAAUUUAAUUAAAAAACACACUAAAAAAUUAUUUUUUUAACAUAGUAAAAUAAUGUUUCAAAAAAAUUAAAAUCGAAUAAAGAGAAACAAAUUAUCAAAUAAUUGUAAUUAAAUAGAAUAUACAGCUUCAAAAAAUUAUUUUACCUGUACAAAAUAUUGUAAAAUAAAAAAUUAUUUUUUAGCUGUUGUAAAUGAUGUAAGCAUUUAAUUAUGUUUUAUAGUUUAUAUUUUAUAAAAAAAAUAGUUGUGGAAACCCCGCCAAACUGGACUGUAGUUAACUUGUUUUUUUAGUUAGACAUGCUUUGUUCAAUCCUAAUGUAAAUGUUUGUUUCUUACUUUGUACAAUAUUUUUAUUAGUAUAAAUAAAUAUUUUUGAA